UAAUAUUCCAAUAUUUUCUUAGUUUUUAGUUUUGUUACAAUUUUCAUAAAAAUGACUGCAGUAAUACCUCAGCAGCCCGACCAGGGAACUUAUACGUUUCAAAGCAAACCACAUGCUGUUCAGGGAAGAAGGAAAUACAGGCAGUUUGUCAAUGAACAAAAUGAAGGCUCUGCUCCAUAUGGGAACAUUAUGUAUGAUAGAAGAAUUGUGAGAGGGAACACUUAUGCACAACACACAUUGCCUGCCUCAGCGCAACCUGACCCGAUAGAAAUCCAACGGCAGCAAGAGAUUCGUCGUCGAGCAAUUGCAAAGAAGCGAGCAAAGGAUCAACUGCGUCCUCGAUCACCUGAGCCUGUCGAUGGUCGAAAACAUAUCGAAGUGCAAACUGAAUUGUAUCUGGAAGAACUAAGCGACAGGAUAGAAGAGGCUGACAUUGACACACAGACAGAUGCGUUCUUAGAUCGACCCCCUUCUCCACUAUUUGUUCCUGCUAAAACUGGGAAAGAUGUGGCGACACAGAUCCUUGAAGGAGAUCUGUUUGACUUUGACAUUGAAGUUAAGCCAAUACUUGAAGUUCUCGUUGGCAAAACCAUGGAACAAGCUUUGCUGGAAGUCAUGGAGGAAGAAGAGCUCGCCAACUUACGCCAACAACAGAGAGAAUUCGAAGAAUUAAGAAAUGCUGAAUUGGUGGAAAUGCAAAGACUGGAAGAACAAGAGAGAAGGCACAGCGAAGAAAAGGAAAGACGAAUGAAACAACAACGUGAAGUUUUGAAAAAAGAAAGAGAAACCGCAGAAAAGAUUGCGGCCCGUGCAUUUGCUCAGAGCUACCUUGCAGAUCUCGUACCAUCCGUGUUCAGCACAUUGAGAGAUAACGGCUAUUUCUACGACCCUGUAGAGAGAGACGUAGAGCAAGGAUUCAUGCCUUGGAUUAUGGAUGAAGUUGUGAAGAGAGUCGAUGAGACUGUCGUUGGAAGAACCAUGCUUGACAUGAUCAUCCGAGAAGUCGUCAAACAACGAGCUGAAUUAUUUGAUAAAGCUCCCCCUCUGUCUGGAGGAUCAGAUGCAUCGAAACCGGCCUCACAACAGACUGAUAAAACAAACUGAAUAGUUUUAUAAUUACUUUCUCAUCUUCCUGUAUUUGAGUUGGAAAUUUAUUGUCAUAUAUUUAUUUAAGUUGAAAUGAUUAAUUUUUCCUUGGUAGAUAUCCAGAUAAUUUA